AUGUCGGUCACAACGUCUCUUUGGUGGCCCGAGGAUAGAAUCAAAGCUACACUAUCCUCAGAAUAUGUCUUUGGUCAACUGCCGUCCGACAUACUGCACCGCCUCGUGGAGCCUUUGCCCUGGGGAGAGGGUCUGACGAGCGAGACGUAUCUCGACUGGAUUCUCUCCAAGGCCGGGAGACUUUUUCUCAUUUUAGUGGACAUCGGAAUUCCAGAUCGCAUUUUUGCUUUGGUAGAUGAGUCAUUUGAUGACUCGGAUCUGCCUAUCGCGGCUCAUAGCGUCAAUCGCCUUCACCUUUCACUGGAAAUCGAGGACACUUCCUUGGAAUCAAAGUUCUUCCUUGCCCAAUGGCGGUUUAUUGUUCGCGGAAUCGGCGAAGGCGAGCACGUAAAAUACACAGAGAAUGAAGGUGUCCCUGUGGAGCUUCUGCGAACUGGAACAGCCCUUGUGAGAGAGGGUGUCGAAAAGGUCGUCUUAGCUGGUGCGGUCUGUCGAGUUUACUUGCGGACGCAGGUUACAGUUGGAGGGGCGCCGCAUUUCUUCGACGAAGAUGAGGUACUUGAAGAGAUUAAAUCGAUGAGACGGCUGGCCCAUGACCAUGUAUAUUCAAUAUACGGGUCUUAUUUUGUCGACAAAACCGUGUGUAUCCUUUUCACAGGCGUAUACGAACGCACUUUGAUGUCUUUCCUCACCGAUAUCCCCCAACAUUUCAAGCGUCUCCCCAAAGCCCAACGACGAGAAAUCUUGCUUAACUGGCCACAUUGUCUUGCCAAUGGUCUUUCAUGGCUCCAUGCACAUGGCCAGGUUCAUGGCGCCAUUCGCCCUUCAAACAUACUCGUUGACGCAGAUUAUAGAAUCUUUCUGGGCCAGUUCGAAGCUCUCGAUACGCUGUUACCUCCAGUCAAGGUGGAUGAUGUGGAGUCAUAUCAAUACGGUGCUCCAGAACGUUGGGUACGCUCGGCUAGCGUCCAGCAGGCUGGUCCACAAAAGAUUGAUCUUCCGUCGGGUGGGCGUACGGCUCGGAAGCAGUCAGCGCAUUCAAUGAAGCUAAACCUAUCAAUACUGAAGGGAUCUCAUCGGACGGAGCACGAGUCUCUUAGCCCAAGAUCUGAAUCCAUGGUUUCUCAGAGCACUGCCAUUCGUGUUGGUUUUCCUGGAUCUCGAUUUUCCUUUGCCGCGUCGUCGUCCUCUUCGGGAUCUAGCAUUGGGAGUGCUCGCAAGCGCGUCAUAUCCUCCGUAAAACGGCCUAUAUUAUACACGCCCUCGAUCACUUCUUCUAACUCAUCAGGGUCUUCUUCAAACCGAGCCUCUAUAAUGACGAAUCCGGUCGGUUUGCCAGGUACAAAUUCCAGUGCGGCUGUAGUCCACACAUGGGAAUCUCAUCAAACCGAUCCGGAAGCUUCAGAUAUUUUCUCUCUCGGGGCAGUGACCCUGAAUAUAUUCACCCACCUCUGUAAGCGCAAGAUCUCUGCGUUUGCCCAUCACCGCGGGGCGAAGAAUCGAACCGCCGGCCGUGGAGGAGGCGUUGCUGAUUGCUCCUUCCAUCUGGAUCGGAACCUUACCCAAGUCACCUCUUGGAUUACUCUUUUGGAUCACGACUCGAAAAAGCAAAAAGACCCUGUGUUCCAGGCUGUUCGACCAAUGCUAGCCGUCGUACGGGAUAUGUUGAAUAAAGAGCCCGCCGAUCGGCCCUCCGCAUAUCAAGUUGAACAUCACUUUUCUGAGGCAAUACACCAAGUGAGCGGGGUAGCUAAUAUGCACUGCUCCUCACACCUGCAGCAUCAUACCAGAAGGUCGAAGAAUCGGCUGCAUGAGGCGCCACAUGCAACAACACCAAGACUUACUCUUCCUUCGAUUUCCAGAUCAGCAUCACCACACUCACCUUUAACAGUGGCGACGAACUCUCCUAUCUAUGAAGAGGGGUCUAUAGGGUUUACUCCCUCCUCAUCACCAUCCGUGGCCGGCUUCAACCUCUCUAGCUCUAUAGCAACCUAUGUUGAGAAUAGUGAUACAGACCAGGACAGUAGCGGGUACGCUGGUUCGGAUACUGCCCCCUGGUACGACCCAUCUUGGAGUUACCGAAUGGCAGUUUGA